CGUUUGGUCACGUUCCCGUGAGGUAGUUGUGGUGUCUGCCAGAGUCCUUCCUGGUCCGGUGCCCCUGUCCCGGGGUCUGAGGGCGCUGUCCCCGCUCUCCCGCGCAGUGCUGGCCUGUCCGCCCUCCCUGGGCUGCUGCAGAGCCGCGCGACUCCCCGUACCGCGCUGUGCCCGGGCCUCCCGCCGCCGCCGCCGCCUGUCGCCUGUCGGAGAAGCCGGCCCGGGCCGCCCGCGCCCUCCGGGACCGCAGCUGUGCUCUGCGCGGCCUGGGCUACACCUUGUCCGUCGGUGCACUGACAGGUACCAGGUGUGGCACAGGGAGAACUAGUCCAGUCUCAGCAGCUGGGUACCCAGGGUGACCACCUUGCACAUCCUUGCUAUCACAAAUAAGGUUUCAACUGCUCUGACUGGUGUGUGGACCAAACACCAUUCAUCAGCCUCCAGUCUGCCCAGUGGCUCUGCUUCCACUCCCAUCCCUCUCACUGAAGUGGCUUCUUGAGCUCUGAGAGGACAUUCACUUAACUUCCAGAAGCUGCAGCCAGAGAAAUGGACUCGGUAGUCUUUGAGGAUGUAGCUGUGGAAUUUACCCAGGAAGAGUGGGCUUUGCUGGAUUUUUCUCAGAGAAAACUCUACACAGAUGUGAUGACGGAUACCUUGAGGAACCUGGACUCAGUUUUUCAACAGGAUAAUAAUGGACAAAUGUUGUCCAUGGAGAAUGACUCCUGGUAUUUCAUGUUAGGAGAAAUCUGUGAAUUCCAUGGCAUUGAACAGCAACACAACAACCAGGGAAAGCACAUGAGAAAAUAUCCAGUAGAGAGCCUGUGUGGAAGCAAAGAUGGUAAAGUAAAUAAAGAUGAAGAAGGUAAUCACUGUAGAAGAACUUUGAACUGGAUUGGAAAUCUUACUGGGCUCAAAAGAGCUGCUAGGGUAAAUCCUUUUGAAUGGCUUGAGUGUGGAAGAGCUUUUGUGGAUCAUUCAUCAUUCAAGAGUCACAUCAAAUCUCACACUGGAAACAAGCCUUAUCGUUGUAAGGAAUAUGGAGAAGGCUGCACUUGUCCUUCUUACCAAAAACCGCGUGUGAGAGAGAAACUUUGUAAAUGUAAGGAUUAUGAGAAAUCUUGUAGUUGUUCCUUAUCCCUCACUAAAUACAUAAGAACUCACAGUGUGGAGAGGCCUUAUGAAUGUAAGAAGUGUGGGAAAGCCUUUAGUUAUCCUUCAAAUCUCACCAGACAUAUAAGAAGCCAUAGUGAAGAGAGGCCUUAUGAAUGUAAGGAAUGUGGGAAAGCCUUCCGUUGUUCCUCAUCUCUCAAUGUACAUCUAAAAUCUCACAGUGGAGAGAGGCCUUAUGAAUGUAAGGAAUGUGGAAAAGCUUUUUGUCGGCCCUCAGACCUCACUAGACACAUAAGAACUCACAGUGGAGAGAAGCCUUAUGAAUGUAAGGAAUGUGGGAAAGCCUUUACUUUUUCCUCCUCUCUUACUAUACAUAUGAGAUCUCACAGUGGAGAGAGGCCUUAUGAAUGUAAGAUAUGUGGAAAAGCCUUUAGUCGGUCUUCACACCUCACUACCCAUAUAGUAACACACAGUGAAGAGAGGCCUUAUGAAUGUAAAGAAUGUAGGAAAGCCUUUAAGCAAUUUGCACAACUCACUAGACAUGUUAGAGUUCACAGUGGAGAGAAGCCUUACAAAUGUAAGGAAUGUGGGAAAGCCUUUAGUGAGUUUUCACACCUCACUAGGCAUGUAAGAAUUCACAGUGGAGAGAAGCCUUAUGAAUGUAAAGAAUGUGGGAAAGCCUUUAGUCGGUCCUCAUACCUCACUGCCCAUAUAAUAACGCACAGUGAAGAGAGGCCUUAUGAAUGUAAAGAAUGUGGGAAAACAUUUAAGCAGUUUUCACGACUCACUAGACAUGUAAGAGUUCACAGUGGAGAGAAGCCUUAUAAAUGUAAGGAAUGUGGAAAAGCCUUCAGUGAGUUUUCACAACUCACUAGACAUGUAACAGUUCACAGUGGUUACAGGCCUUAUAAAUGUAAGGAAUGUGGAAAAUCUUUUAGUCGGUUUUCAUACCUCACUGGUCAUAUAAGAGUUCACAGUGGAUACAAGCCUUAUAAAUGUAAAGAAUGUGGGAAAGCCUUUAAUCAGUCCUCACACCUCACUACCCAUAUGAGAUCACACAGUGGAGAGAGGCCUUAUAAAUGUAAGGAAUGUGGGAAAGCCUUUUUUCAGUCCUCACACCUCACUGAACAUGUAAGAACUCAUAGUGGAGAGAAGCCUUACGAAUGUAAGGAGUGUGAGAAAGCCUUUAGUUGUUUCUCAUCCUUUCGUAAACAUGUUAGAACUUAUCAUGGACAUAGGCCUUCUGAUAGUAUGAAAUGUGGGAAAGCCUUUAGUUAGUUCUCACAUCUCAAUGAUCAUAUCUCAGUGGAGAGAGCCUGUGGUUGCACUGAAUUGCUUUCAUAUGGCAUAGGGUCGCUAUGAGGCCAAAAUCGACUCAGCAGCACUGGGUUUGGUUUUUUGGUUUUGGCCCUCCUUAGCCAUGGUCUUAUAACUCCCACAAAAUGAUUGAGUGGGAGUUUGUGUAUUCACCAGCAGAUGGACAUUUGAAUUGUUCCUGUUUUUAUGAAUAAAACAGUUAUAAAACUUUAAGCAUACUUUUUUUUUGUAGUGUGUGUGUGUACAUAAGGUUUCAUUUUUCUCGUCUAUAUCCUUACAAGUGGGUUUGUUGUGUCAUAUGCUAGGUUUAUGUCUACCUUUAUUAGAAACUGCCCAUCUUUUUGCCCCCAUAUUCCCUCUUUCUUAUGCAAAUAAGGUACUUAGAACCCUCAUAGGGGACUGGUCAGUUUUGCCAUCCCACUAGAUUCAUAAAAGAACCAGUCUCAUAGAUAGGUAGAGGGACCUCACUACCAUCAAGAAGACAGGUCAGGAGUGGAGAGCAUCCUCUGGUCCUGGGGUCCCUGCACAGAGAACCUCCUAGACCCAAGAGACAGAAAGAGCUUAACGUUGUAGGAGUAGUGGUGUGAGAUGGUGAGAAGCAGCAGCAGCAGAACUAGGAGACUGACUCAAAAUUGCAUGGUUGGCUUCCCAGCCCACGGAGCGAGUGAGCCAUAGUGGGCUUGCUGACCCACAGAGACAGUGGAGCACCUUCAGACAGAAGGCCUUGUGGCAGAGUGGGGUGCCUCCAGGUAUUUGUUGGCAGCACUAGGCUUACCAUCCCAUGUCUCCAGGGAGCUAAGCACUUUCGAUCAGGAGGCCUCCUGAUGGAGUGGGGUUCCUCUGGGUACUGAUGAGAAUAGCUAAAGAGCUGUAACACUUGCCCAAGCAGGGCAAAGGCUGGUGGCAGAGGCCAGACCUGAGCAGGGCCCAGCAGCAGCAAGGUCCAGGUCAGGGCCCAGUGGCAAAGGCCAAGAAGAAGGUAUCCUGACUGAAGAACUGUAUCCUGAGGUGUUCCUGUUACUUCCAUGUUGAUCCUGAUCCCAAACGGCAACCUAUUACUUCUCUAGUAAACUCCAUCAGUCGUAUCGUCUGUGAGUUCUGCAUGGCCACUGCAAUGAAUUAUCAAGCCCAGCAGAGAAGUAGAGAGUGCUGUGGGUGGGAUGGCUGGUGUCAGAACUGGGAGGUUGGAGAUUGGAGGUAUGUUUGACCUCCACUUUAUAAGAAUUAGCUUUGGGCUUUGGGCUGAUGGUGAUGGUGAUUCUCUCUCCUCCCCCUGAAGUUAGAAGAUGACUUCUAAUGCCAUGCCAUUUUUACAGAAGCCUUAUGAACCAUAAGGAAUGUCAGAAAGCCUUUAGUUGGUCCUUAUCCGUCACAAACCAUAGAAGAGUUUACAGUGUAGAGAUGCCAUGUGAGUGUAAGGAAUUUCGGAAAGCCUUAGUCCUCAUACCUCACUAACCAUAGACGACUUCACAAUGGAGAGAGGCCUUAUGUAUGUAAGGAAUGAGGGAAAUUUCAGUUCUCUCUCAACCUUUUGAAGUCAUGUGAGGAGGUACACUGGAAAGAAACAAAAUAUGUGUAAGUAAUGGAAAAACCAAACCAAACCCAUUGCCGUCGAGUCGAUUCUGACUCAUAGCAACCCUGUAGGACAGGGUAGAACUGCCCCAUACAGUUUCCAAGGAAAGCUUGGUGGAUUUGAACUGCUGACCCUUUGAUUAGCAGCCAUAGCACUUAACCACUACACCACCAAGUUUUCCAGUAAUGUUGGAAGGCUUCUGGUAAUCCCUCAUCUUUUAAAAAGACGUGAAAGAAAACACCUGGCAGAGAAAUCAUAGUAGCGUAAGGAAUGUGAUAUGGGAAAGUUUGCUUCUCCCCCCUGUGCCUUCCAAGAUGUGAAGUUCAUGCAUGUAGGAAAGCCUUCACUAAUUACCUCUAUUAAAUAUGUGAGACUUCAUACUUCCGAAAAGUCAUGUGUAUGUAAGGAAUAUAGAAACAUCUUGGAAUUCUUAGAAAAUAUGUGAGAUAUCACACUGUGGAUUUAUCCUAUGAAUAAAAUACGAGAGACUCCUUAAGUGUCCCUUCUCACUUAGAACUGCUCUGAGACCUCACAUUCAGAGAGACCGCACAUGCAGAGAUUCUGUGAUUGUAAGCCAGUUUACCUCUCAGUUGUAGCACAUGACUUUGAAUAAAUAUCGAAAUGUUAUUUUGGUUCUUUUGUAUAUAAAUUGUAUUUAUUACACAUUUGUAUCUUGAAGUUUAUUUUCUUUUUAUCAUCUGUAUUUUGAAAGUUAUACUUUUUCACAUAAUGCAGUUUGCUCUCAUGGUAGAAAGUUUGAUUUUAAUGGGAAAUUAUAAGGAAAAAUAAAAAAUCACUUGGUAUUUCCCCACUCUUGUUGUUUUGUCUGUUUCCUUUUACCCUUCCUUGUAUUGGACAGCAGUUUUUUUUAUUGUUGUUUUUUUACCAAAUCUCAAUUAUAUUGUAUGUAUAGUGCUGUGCUGAACAUUUUUUGCAUUGCUUCUGUCAUUUAUCCUUCACAACUAUUAUGGUCCUUGGUAUACGGAUGAAGAAACUGCACGGCAUCUCACAAAAAUGUGCCUUGCAAGUGGUGCUAUGAGAAGCAGGGCUUGCCUGGAAGGUUCUUCUUGGGCGUUCAUACGGACCCAUAGUUUGAUCUAGCAGCAGUGAAGCUUCUGUCCAGCACAGGCUCAGAACCUAUAUUUAGAGAGAGUCCUGCUUUUGGUAAUUCUGUGAUUCGUGGAGAGUUUGCCAGUCCAGAAGCUGAGGCUGCAGUUACUGGGCUGGACUGAACUGGCAACUGCUGCUCCACCUGGGGUGCAUACCUACUGUGGGGCCUGGUGGUUUUUUCAGAGCCACUGCCUGAUGCUGAACUGGGAGCUUCCUCCAUGGUGCCUUAUAUAAGGGGCCUGAGAAAUGCUGGCCCUAGGUAACAUACAUUUAUAUUAAGCCUCCCAUUGGUCCAGCAAUUCCCCUUUCAGAAUCAUCCUGUGGAAAUUGCUGGGAACCAUAAUGGCAUCCACUGAUCCUGCUCAUUGCCAUCGAGUCGAUUCUCACUCGUAGUGACACUAUAGGACAGAGUAGAACUGCCCCAUAGGGUUUCCAAGGCUGUAAAUAUGGAAAGAAGACUGCCACAUCUUUCUCCCAUGGAGCGGCUGGUGGGUUUGCAUUGCUGACCUUUUGGUUAGCAGCCGAGUGCUCAUCCACUGCACCACCAGGGCUCCUUUCGUUGAGCCUAGUGACAGUGGAAAUACUGAAAGUCUGGAAACAGUGUCAGUGUACAACAGGAAGGGAGUUUCCAAUGAAUGCCUGGCUGCAUGUCACAGUGUCGUACCGUCAGUAAAUGAAUUUCUGGACAAAAAUUUACCUUCAGUAGGAAAGGCAAUCUUAGCUUACCAUCGUUUGAAAGGCAGGGUAUAAAAUAGCAUAUACAUGAUGAUGGCAGAUUUAUAAAACACAUAUGCAGACAGACCACCCUGUAGCGAAGCCUAGAAUAUUAAUGGAUUCUCUCACAAAGGCAAGACUGAUUUCUGAAGUUACUUCACUUCUCCCUAAUUUGCAGUUUUUCUUUAAUCAAUGUUCAUUCAUCAUAUAAUUUUUUUAAUUGGAAAAUAGUAAUUCACUUGUGCAAUGUACAGCACUAAGAGUUUUGAUAAUGAAGUCAUAACCAGUACCACAAUGACUGUACAGGAGAGUUAUCUUCCCUCUAAAAACAUUCCUUUUUAGUUAAGCCUUCCCCUGGCAACUGUCCCAAUACAAGUGAUUCGCUGUGUAGCUUUUAGAUUCUAGCUCGUGUUAUUUAGCAUAAUGAAUUUGAGAUUCAUUUAUGUUGAUAAAUGGAUCAGGUGUGUUUCUUUUUAUUUCUUUGUAAUACUCCAGUGUAUACACAUAUUUCAGUUUGUGUAUUCACCAGUGGAAGGACGAUUGGGUUUUUUCCUGUUUUUAAGAAUAAAACAGCUAUAAAACUCAUGCAUAGGUUGUUUUAUGUGUGUGUGUGAACAUAGUGUUUCAUUUUUCUCAUGUAUAUCCUCAUCAGUGGGAUUGUUAUGUCAUAUGGUAGAUUUAUAUAUAUCUUUAUUAGAAACUGCUAAUCGUUUUUCCCCACCUUUCUUCUUUUUUAUAGUAUUUUAUUGUAGUGAAAAUGUAUAGAGCAAAACAUACUCCCAUUCAACAAAUUCUACAUGUAUAGUUCAGUGACAUUGCUUACUUUACUUCAUGUUGUGUCACUGCUCUGUCUCUACCCAAAUUGUUUCACCACCAUUAACAUUGGCUUACUGCCCCCUGAAUUUCUUGUCUGUGCUUUAGAGUUACUAUUUUCAAUUUGAUCUCAUAGACAAUUCUUUAAACGAGUGCAAUGUUCAAGUCAAACAUUCUUUACAAAUUGAGCUGAACUGUUGUUUGGUUUAAAAAUGACUUCAGGAGAUGUUUUGGUUAAAAGUUUAAAGAUUAUUUCAAGGCCAUAGAUUUGGGGAUUACUCCAGUCUCAAUUAGUUGGUCUUGCAAAAUUCUAUCAUGCUAUCUUUGGCAUUGUUUCUAUGACCAUUGUUUCCAGCUACCGAUCCUUCUUUGUUUCCAACUUUUGCAUUCCAAUCACCAGCAGCUAUCAAUUCAUCUUGAUUGCUUGUCUGAUCAAUUUCAGACUGCAGAAGUUAGUAAAAAUCUUCAGUUUCUUCAUCUUUGGCAUUAGUGUUUGGUGAGUAAAUUUGAAUGGUAGUCAUGUUAACACGUCUUCCUUGUAGGCAUAUUGAUAUUAUCCUAUCACUGACAGUGUUGUACUUCAUGAUAGACCUUGAAAAGUAUUCUUUUUGACUGUGAAUGCAACGCCAUUCAUCCUGGAUGUCACUAGGUGGAAAACACAGGAAUCGAAUCGACUACAUCUGUGGAAAGAGAUGCUGGAGGAUUUCAACAUCAUCAGAACAAGGCCCUGGGCUGUCUGUGGAAUAGACCUUCAGUUGCUCAUAUGCAAGUUAGAGUUGAAGCUGAAGAAAACUGAAACAAGUCUGUGAGAGACAGAAUACAAACUUGACAAGUCUGCGAGAGACAGAAUACAAAAUAUCCCACCUGAAUUCAGAGAUCAUCUCAAAAACAGAUUUGACACCCUGAGCGCUAAUAACCAACAAUCAGUCGAGGUGUGGGACAUCAAGGACAUGAAGAAAGCAACAGGUCAUUAAAAAGACAAGAAAGAAGAAAACAUUAAAAUGGAUGUCUGAAGAGAAUCUGAAACUUGCUCUUGAACAUAGAAUAGCUAAAAUGAAUGGAAGAAAUGAUGAAUUAAAAGAGCUGAACAAAAGAUUUCAAAGGGCAGCUUGAGAAGACAAAGUGAAGUAUUAUAAUGAGAUGUGCAAAGACUUAGAGUUUGAAAACCAAAAGAGAAGAAUACACGGCAUUUCUCAAGCUAAAAGAACUGAAGAAAAAAAUUCAAGCCUUGAGUUGCAACAGUGAAGGAUUCCAUGGACAAAAUACUGAACAACACAGGAAGCAUCAGAAGAAGAUGGAAGAAAUAAAUAUGGUGAAAGUAGACAAACCUGACACAUAUCUUUCCUGAUUUUAAACCAUGCAGUACCCUCUUGUCUAUUCGAAUGACUGCCUCUUGGUCCAUGUACGAAGUUGAUCAAGAUAAGGAUUGACCAGGGGGCCAGAGUCUUCUGAUCCAGCCCCAGCAGGGAGACCUGAGGCCAUAGCAAAUUUGUAGCUGAAAUGGCUCGGAGUUGAAGAAGAGAUCUUUUUGAAGUUCCUGAACACAAUCCAAGGCACUAUAAUUCCAAGACCUGUCAAAAUCUUGAAGGAGCCUAAGGUUAGACUGACGGGAUAUGGGGAUGCAGUGGUUGAUGGGACUAAGGAGAAAGUUUGGAUGAGAAUUUGAAGAUUUAAACAGAUCUUGUAUGAAGUAGUUGCAUCUUCAUUACCUGAAUGUAUUAUUGGUACGGGUAUUAUGUCUAAUUGGGGAUCACUCCCUCUUCCUGGUAUUAUAAAACUGAAGGUGUGUAAGUCUGCCCUUAGGGCAAUAUUGAUUGGACACAUUAAAUGGGAACAACUAGAAUUGCCCAAACCCACAGACAUUGCUAAUUUGAAACAGUAUAGGAUACUUUCUGGAUAAAGGAAAUUAUUGCUUUGAUUAAAGACAUGCUAAAGGCUGGAAUGUGAGUGCCGACAAAUUCUCUGUAUAACAGCCCUGUGUGGCCCAUGAACUUGUCUGUCAGUUUGUCCAACUGUGGAGGCUUGUGUAUUGAUGUGAUGUUGGAAGCUAUGUCACCAGUGUUCAAAUACCCAGCAGGGUCACCCAUGGUGGACAGGUUUCAGCUGAACUUCCAGACUAAGACAGGCUAGGAAGAACGACCUGGCAGUCCACUUCUGAAAAAAACUAGCCAGUGAAAACCUUAUGAACAGCAGCAGAACAUUGUCUGAUAUAGUACCAGAAGAUGAGCCUCUCAGGUUGGAAGGCACUCAGAAGACAACUGGGGAGGAGCUAGCUGCCUACUCAAACUCGAGUCCACCUUAAUGACGUGGAUGGAGUCAGGCUGUCGGGACCUUCAUUUGCUAGUGUGGCAUGACUCAAAAUAAGAAGAAACGGCUGCAAUCAUCCAUUAAUAACUGGAACAUGGAAUGUAUGAAGCAUGAAUCUAGGGAAACUGGAAAUCGUCAAAAGUGAAAUAGAGCACAUAAACAUCAAUAUCCUUUGUAUUAUUGAGCUGAAAUGGACUGGUAUUGGUUGCUCUGAAUUGGACAAUCAUAUGGUCUACUAAUAUUAAAUGACACAGGAACCAUUAAAAGAACAUGAAAGGAAUACACAGAGUCACUGUACCAAAAAGAAUUGGUAGCAUGUGAUCAGGAACCAAUGGUACUGAAGGAAGAAAUCCAAGAUGCACUGAGGCUUUGGCAUUGGCAAAAAACAAGGCUCUAGGAAUUGAUGGAAUACCAACUGUAACGGAUUGAAUUGUGUCCCCCCCCCCCCGCAAAAAUAUAUGUGAAGUUGGUUAGGCCAUGUGUAGUUGUCUUCCAUUUUGUGAUUUUCCUAUGUGUUAUAAAUCAUAAUCUCUGCCCGUCGUUAAAGAGGGUUAGGGUGGGAUGUAACACCCUUGCUCAGACCAUAUCCCUGAUCCAAUGUAAAGGGAGUUUCCAUGGGGUGCGGCCUGCACCACCUUUUACCUUACAAGAGAUAAAAGGAAAGGGAAGCAAGCGGACAUACCACCAAGAAAGCAGCACUAGGAGCAGAGCGUGUCCUUUGGGCCUGGGGUCCCUACGCCUGAGAAGCUCCUAAACCAGGGGGAGAUUGAGGACAAGGACCUUCCUCCAGGGCCGACAGAGAGAAAGUUUUCCCCUGGAGCCGAUGCCCUGAAUUUGGACUUGUAACCUACUACAAAAAAAGAAAAAAAUCAGUGUUAGACUAGACUAUGAGAAAAUAAAUUUCUCUUUGUUAAAGCCAUCCACUUGUGGUAUUUCUGUUAUAGCAGUAUUAGAUGACUAAAACCAAAUGAGAGGUUUCAUCAAACAGAUGCAGCACUGGAAGUGCUCACUCGUCUAUGCCAAAAAAUUUGGAAGACAGCUACCUGGCCAACCAACUGGAAGAGAUCCCUAUUUAUGCCUAUUCUCGAGAAAGGUGAUCCGACUGAAUGUGGAAAUUAUCAAACAGUAUUAUUAAUAUCACAUGUAAGUAAAAUUUUGCUGAAGAUCAUUCAGAAGUGGCCACAGCAGUAUAUCAACAGGGAACUGCCAGAAAUUCAAGCCGGACUCAGAAUAAGACAUGGAAUAAGAGAUAUCAUAGCUGAUGUCAGGUGGAUGCUGAAAGCAGAGAAUACCAGAAAGAUGUUUACCUGUGUUUUAUUGACUAUUCAAAGGCAUUCAACUGUGUGGGUCAUAACAAAUUAUGGAUAACAUUGCAAAGAAUGGGAAUUCCAGAACACUUAAUUGUGCUUAUGAGGAACCUGUACAUAGAUCAAGAGGCAGAUAUUUGAAUAGAUCAAGGGGCUACUGAGUAGUUUAAAGUCAGGAAAGGUGUGCAUCAGGGUUGUAUCCUUUCACCAUAGCUAUUCAGUCUGUAUGCUGAGCAAAUAAUCUGAGAGGCUGGACUAUAUGAGGGAGAAUCAGGCAUCAGGAUUGGAGCAAGACUCAUUAACAACCUGCAAUAUGCAGGUGACAAAACCUGUUUGCUGAAAGUGAAGAGGACUUGAAGAAAUUACUGAUGAAGAUUAAAGACCACAGCCUUCAGUAUGGAUUAUACCUCAACAUAAAGAAAACAAAAAUCCUCAUACCUGGACCAAUAAACAAUAUCAUGAUAAAUGGAGAAAAGAUUGAAGUUGUCAAGGAUUUCAUUUUACUUGGAUCCAUAACAACACCCGUGGAAGCAGCAGUCAAGAAAUCAAAAGACAUUGCAUUGGGCAAAUCUGCAAAAGACCUAUUUAAAGUGUUGAAAAGCAAAGAUGUCACCUUGAAGACUAAGGUGCGCCUGACCUAAGCCAUGGUGUUUUCAAUCGCCUUAUAUGCAUGUGAAAGCUGGACAAUGAAUAAGGAAGACCGAAGGAUAAUUGAUGCCUUUGAAUUAUGGCGUUGGUGAAGAAUAUUGAAUAUUCUGUGAACUGCCAAAAGAACAAACAAGUCUGUCUUGGAGAAAUAUAACCAGAAUGUUCCUUAGAGGCAAGGAUGGAGAGACUACAUCUCACAUACUUUGGAUAUAUUAUUAGAAGGGAUCAGACCCUCCUAAUAAGGACAUCAUACUUGGUAAAGUAGAGGGCCAGAGAAAAAGAGGAAGACCCUCAAUGAGAUGAAUUGACACAGUGGCUGCAACAAUGGGCUCAAGCAUAGCAAUAAUGGUGAGGAUGCCGCAAGAUUGGGCAGUGUUUCGUUGUACUUGGGGUCACUGUGGGUCAGAACCAAAUUGACAGCACCUAAUAACAGCAUGGUCUAGUAUGUCAAGAAUGACAAAUUGAAGAGGAAUUGUGUUGCCAACUCAUGGUGACCCUAGGUACAACAGAAUGAAACACUGCCCAGUCCUGUGCAAUCCCCACAGUCAUUGCUGUGUUUGAGCUCAUUGUUGCAGCCACUGUGUCAAUCCAUCUCGUUGAGUCUUCUCUUUUUCGCUGACCCUCUACUUUACAUAACAUGAUGUCCUUCUCCAGAAACUGGUCCUUCCUGGUAACAUGUCCAAAGUACAUGAGAUGAAAGCUUACCAUCCUUGCUUCUAAGGAGCAUUUUGGCUGUACUUUUUCCAAGGCAGAUUCUUUCUAAUACACCAUGCAUAAAAUUCUUACUAAAAGUCUUAUUUGACCUGAUUUUGGCUAAGUUCUGCCCUUUUCAGGAGCUCAGAGAGGUAAAAUAAAACAUGCUCCCUUUGUAUGCAACUCAUAUUAAAAAGUCCCCCCCCCCCACACACACACCCACAUACCUUAUUGUAUAUACACAAGGGCUACAGGAUUAAAUUUUUUUAAAGCCUCUUCACAAUUUUGCAAAUUACGUUUUACCCAGAGUUAGCCAAGCUGUGAGGUUUGACAGCACAAUUCUCUCCACUGCCUGUGUUCCCAAGAAUUCUGACACCAAUUGAAAUGAUUUUAUGGUCCAACUACAAAGACGGCACAAUCCCCAAGAGUGCCCUCACUUCUGACACCAACUGCAAAUUUGGGGGAUUGUGGAAUUCUCUCACAGGUUUCAUAAUUUGCUAUAAGAACUCAGAGAACUCACUGAAAGGUAUUAUACCCAUGGUUACGGUUUAUUACAGAGAAAGAAUACAGAUCAAAAUUAACCAAAGGAAGAGACCCAUAGGGUAGAGUCUGGGAGGGUUUCAAAUGACCAGCUUUCAUUGUCCUUGGUCUACAUUACUCUCUCUGGACUGAUGGCAUAUUUCAUAUUGCUUACCAGGGAAGCUCACUUGAGUUUUAAUGUCUAAAGCUUUUUAUUGGGACUUCUUUACAUAGGCAUGAUAGAUUGAUUGACCACCCAUGUGGAUGAACUCCUCCAGUCUCCUCCCUCUCCUGAGAUCAGACUGAUAUCAGGGGACACACCAUGAUGAGCCUUAAACAGUGCCAGAAAUUAAAGUUCAAAAAAUGAUGAGGACAUGUUAAAAAAAAAAAAAAAUACAGGAACCUACCUAAGUGAGCUGCUAGUAAGCAAAUUUGGGACAAAUUGAGCAAGAAAAUAAAGAGUAAUACCUAUUAGCCUAUACUGACAAAAACAAUUUAAUUCCUCACAGUGGAAUUCCGAAUGAUAAAUACAGAAAGAAUGAUUGGAACAGAAAAUCACCAUUUGGUAAACACUGCAGUAAUAAUUAUUGUACAUAAUAAUUAAUAAUAGAUACCAAAAUUAGUAGGCAAAAGUACAAUGAAAAACAGAAUAUUUGCACAGUUUCAAAGUAUCUCCCUAUAGGAAACUUAUUAAUUACAAAGAGAAAAAUAGUUACUUUACAGUGGGGAAGACUGAAAGGAAACAUGUUAAAAACGAAAGCAAAACAAAACAAAAAACCUACAACUGAAAUACAGUAUCAGUGUAUUUUCUUGCAUGCAAAUUAAUAUUAAUAAAAAAGUUGAAAAAUAAAACCGCACAUGCUCAAGGCUCUUUAGCACAACCUUAUUUGCGACAGCCAAAGAUAGUAAGAAAGUAAAAUUUAGCUUGUACUGAGAAAAGUAAAAACCUGCCCAGCCACUCACAAAAGUAGGGUAACGAACACUGACAAAGACACCCACACAGUUACGGUACCCGUUGCCGUCGAGUCGAUUCCGACUCAUAGUGACCUUAAAGGACAGAGUAGAAUUGCCCCAUAGAGUUUCGAAGGAGCGCCUGGUGGAUUUGAACAGCUGACCUUUUGGUUAGCAGCCUUAGCACUUAACCACUACACCACCAGGAAAUGUUAUUCUCUGAAAGACACAGAGUACGUCUAAUGAUUACUUCUUUGAAUUACUAUUGCUUUCUUAUUCGUUGAGAAGUUUCGUUCUCUAUUAAGAGACUUUGAGAAAUUUGCUGUUUGAAAUUAUAUCAGGAAGAAUGAAACAUCCCAGUUUUGACAUAGUCUCAAUUUACAACACAGCUGCUGAGCUUCAAAUAAAGGGUUUCUGGACACAACAUUCCACAGCUUUCUUAAUAGUAUUAUUUCCAAGUAAACAGGACCUUGGGUCAUUUGCAAUCCAGACCUGAUGUCCACCCCUUUACAGUUCCAUUUUGAUUUAACGCUAUCAAAAUACUGCUGUUUAAAAUUCACACAAGCUCUACCCUUCUUUAGAAUCUAAUAACUCUCCCUUCUGUUUUCAU